CUGCCCGUAUUAACAGCCUACUGUAGAUAUGUCAAACAAAAUAACCGAUGCUCGCCUGGAAUGGCUGGAAGACACAAGGCGGCGAAAGAGCAUGCUCAUCAAGAAGCUUGAGGAGGAGGAGCAGAAGAUGUCGGAUGGAAAGGACGCAGCGUCUUCUGCGGAUGCCGCGGCAGAAUCGACGCCGCAGCACGAUUCCGAGGGCCAGCUGCCGGACGCGCUGGAAAAGUACCAGUUGAACAUUGACCGGUACAAGGAGGAGCUGCUUGCGAUUGAAAAGGAGUUUGAGUCGUGGCAGGAAAUGGGAUUUAGCCUGCCUGCGUCAAAAGGCGUCGGGACUGACGCCAGCACAUGAGGUUCCCAUGGCACGUCCUCGUAUCUUUCACUAUACAUAUUUGCUGGCUUGGCGGGUAAAUCUUUUUGCCUGCGCUUUAUCACGCACAUCAUGAAUUAUAUACGACAUCAUGACACCAUGAUCAAUGUUAGAUGAAUCAUUAUUUCUCCUUUUCCAUAAUUGAACAUGCAAUUGGCAUCAUAUGGUGGACAUUCGAUUGUCAAGGUGUAUUUUCCCUCGGAUUCCGGGGCAAUGUCUGAUGGUGCUAGGUGUCUCAGGCGGAUAAAACAUCGAGAAUGGACAUGAUGAUAUCUUGGAGUACAUUAUUCACACAAGCUCCCUCUUGGAUGACUUGUUCAAUUCGCUCAAGGCAUCCGGCCGCUGUUUGAAAGACAGACUUGAUGGCGUCCGACGUGAAGAGAUCCAGGCCCACCGUGUACAACUCGGCCACGUAGUCUUUGCACUCGAGACUACAGAAGCCAUUGGCAAUAUAGCACUGCGCGUGCGAUCCAAACGCCGCAU